UACCCAUAAGGCCUUGUGGAGACGAGGAAGCACGGAGCAGUAGCAGACAGCCAUCAGGUCAGCACUCGGCACUCGCCCGCAUUCGCCUAUUGGGUCUCUGUGUGUCACCUGAGCGAGGAGCUACUUGGUCGGAAAACUGUGGCGAGCAGACUCUAAAUUCUAUUUCAGCAACCAUGGCCGCAGAAAAAAAGGAGUUUAGGUUGUCGGAAGUGAAAGCUCACAACGACGCCAAAUCAACGUACCUUGUCAUUCACAACAAAGUCUACGAUGUAACACGUUUCCUUGAAGAGCAUCCAGGUGGAGAAGAAGUUUUAUUAGAACAGGCUGGUGGGGAUUCUACAGAAGCUUUCGAGGAUGUUGGCCACUCGACAGACGCACGUGAUCUCAUGAAGGAUUACUAUGUAGGGGAAGUACAUCCAGAUGACAGAUCUACCAAAUCGUAUGCUACUAACACAGGACCCACUUCCUACGAUUCGGCCUCAUCAAGCUCAUCAUGGACGGGCUGGCUCCUCCCAGUGGGCGUGGCUUUGGCUGCUGCAUUUGCCUACCGCUACAUCUCGUCACAGUCGGCCUAGGGAGGCUGAGGACCGGCGUGUAGCUCUGUGUCUUGUGCUGUCUGUGUUUGUGGACUCCGGAGAGGCCUCGGCUGUUUCUGCCGUGCUCAUGUAGCUCACGCGACUGUGACAACAGACGACCGCCGUGGUGCUUUGUUUGCUCAUACAGGAGAGACGGGUGACAGUAUUCCCAGCAGCUCAGUAACAUCGGGACCUUGGCUGAAACAGAUUUCUUUUCCACCCUGUUCCUGUACUAAAUUUGACGUAUUAUUUUUAAGAUUUUUGCUACAUUUUUUAAAAGGUGCUUUCUCCUUUCAAAUUUUUCUGGCAAAAGAUAAAUACUACCUUUCCCACUCCCCAUCCUGCCUCAAUAGUUAAACGCCUUUGAUGUGAGUAAGGUUUCAAAGUGUAGAUUUUUGUGAAGAUGCUUUCUUUAUUGAUACUGGGUAGAUUUUUUUUUUCUCUUUGUAUUUUAAAAAAAAGAAAGUUAGACUAGUUGAAAGCACAGUUCUUCUCGUGCGACUGAACAUUGGCAUGGGUUGUCUGCUGACCAUUUUGUACCCUGUAGGAAAGGUAUUUGUCUUACAGAGUCUCCCACUUCCUUGUGUAUGUUCCUAGCUGUGUCUGUUCAUCGAAUUGAUCCAUAAUAUUAUUUAUGCAGUUGAGGAAUUUUGUUAUAUCCUUGCAAAUAGCUUUUUUUUUUUGUAGUAGACGAGCUGUGGCGUCCCUGUGUGUGUUUUUUCUGUUCUUGCGCUGCCAGUGUGGGCAGUGACCUCUGGCAAGGUCGUGCAAUGGUUGCCUAUCGCCAUGGUUUCGUGCGUUGUGUCUUAGUCACUUUGUAAGUGGAUGUUUCUGUCGCACACUUGUCCUCUCGCUGCACUUGAUGUAGUCAAGGGAAUCAAAGACAAUGUUGAUAUGGUUGUUAUUGUUACAUGUUGCUUGCUUCGUGUUUGCUCUCUCUCUCUCUCUCUCUCUCUCUCUCUCUCUUUUUUUUGGUCUUUUAAUAUAUUUUUAACCUUCUUCAACCAGGGGUAAUAACUUUGAUAUGGAGAGGCUGUAAGUUGCAUGCACUGUUCUGUAUCCCUUUUGUUUAGUUGUUGUUAUUUUUUUGUAGUGCUGGAUUUUUUAAUGUCUUUGUUUCCUCUUGAUGUAUGAAAAAUUUGUUGGCUGAGUGUUGUGUUAGUAACGCAGUGAGAGGAUGGGAUGAGAGGAGUGUCUGCCCCCUGUCCCAGAUGUCCUGUUUGAUUCAAGGGAACAAUGCCCUGUGCUGUCUUAUUCUUAUUGAUACUUUUAUCUUUCUUUCUCGUUUUUAUCUUUUGUUUAUCAACAAUACUGGACCCAAAUGUGAAUGGAGAUGACAGAACUGAGAAAUAAAAAGAAGUGACUUUCUA